UUGAUCGAUGCAUUGGAAGUGGAAGCGGAUGGCCAUGGGCAGAAGCGCCGCCCUGAUGAUCAUCAUCGCCUUCCUCCUGCAGCUGCUUCUUCCAGUGCAAGUGCUCGCCACCACCACCGGCGCCAUUACUCAUCAGGCGACGAAGAUGAAUGGUGGUGUGCAGCGAGAGGAGGAGGAGGUGGGGUCGAGGCCGCCGAGCUGCGAGGGGAGGUGCAGGUCGUCGUGCGGCCACUGCCAGGCGGUGCAGGUGCCCGUCAACACCACCACCACGACGACGACCCAGCAGGAGGAGGAGGAGGCUGCAGCAGCAGCUUACGCCGACCACUCCAACUACAAGCCGCUCAGCUGGAGAUGCAAGUGCCGCCUCAACUCUUAGAUCACAUACCAUCCCUGGCCUGGUACGGUUGGUCUGCUUACGGAUUAAUUAAUGAUCAUCAUGGCAGUAUAUAUAUAUAAUUAAUGAUCUUCUCGAAUGUCCUGUUGAUCGAGCUAGCUAGCUAGUAGUACAACGUAAGUAGCAUCGUGGUACACUCGUGUACGUAUCGGAUAAUCUGCUGGAGAGAUCGAAGAAGGGAUAAAUUCAACCGAGUACUGUG